GAUCGUCGGUGGCCCUCAUAAGCAUUCCAACUGUCGGCGUGUGUACUCCAGACAAUCGCGACUUAACUAAUAACGCUUUGCUAUCAAUCAUGCCGGGCCAAAAGGUGGACAAACAGGAGUUGUGCGACAUUGCCAACCGUCUACGAAUUCACAGCGUUACCUCAACAUCCGCAGCAAAUUCCGGCCAUCCAACAUCAUGCUCCUCUAUUGCGGAGAUUAUGUCCGUGUUGUUCUUCAACACGAUGCGUUACAAGGUCUCGGCACCGAAGGACGCAUCCAACGAUCGUUUCGUAUUGUCUAAGGGUCAUGCCGCCCCCAUUUUGUACGCUGCAUGGGCUGAGGCAGGUCUCUUCCCGGUAGCAGAGUUACAAAAACUGCGUAAACUGGGUUCGGACCUCGAGGGUCAUCCUACCCCUCGUCUGAACUUCAUUGACGUAGCAACAGGUUCCCUUGGUCAGGGUCUAGCCGUAGCUGCUGGUAUGGCUUACGUAGGAAAGAACUACGACAAGGCCAGCUACAGAGUAUAUUGUCUGGUUGGAGAUGGUGAAAGUGCAGAAGGUUCCAUCUGGGAGUCAAUCUACUUCGCCAGUCACAAUAAACUCGACAACCUCUGCCUUAUUUUCGAUGUGAACCGUUUGGGUCAAUCUGAACCAACUGCUUUAGGUCAUGAUAUGGAAAAGUACCGCAAGCGUUUGGACGCUGCCGGUUUCCAUUCGAUUAUUGUCGAUGGACAUGAUAUCGAUGAGUUGGUCAAGGCAUUCCAUAUUGCUGCUACCACCAAGGAUAAACCUACCGCGUUGAUUUGCAAGACAUUCAAAGGCAGGAACUAUCCCAAAAUCGAAGAUAUCGAAAACUGGCAUGGAAAACCUUUGGGAGCGGAAACUGAACGUGUUUUGGAACAUCUCCGUUCCUUGGUUAAGAACCACGGACCUUUGAUGCUUAAACCCCAGAAACCUUUGAAGGAAGACGCCCCAGCUGUGGACAUCACCAAUAUCAAACUAUCAUCACCACCUAACUACAAAUUGGGAGAGUCUCUUGCCACCAGACAAGCUUAUGGCAAUGCUUUGGUGAAAAUCGCACAGAACAACCCACGUGUCAUCGCUAUGGACGGUGACAUGAAGAAUUCAACCUUCGCUGAGAAGAUUAAGGGUGUUGACGCUGCCAGAUACAUUGAAUGCUUCAUUGCCGAACAAAACUUGGUGGGAGUUGCGAUUGGAGCCACUUGCAGGGAUAGGACAGUCGCAUUUGUUUCUACCUUCGCUACAUUCUUAACCAGAGCAUUCGAUCAGAUUCGUAUGGGUGCAAUUUCUCAAACCAAUGUCAAUUUCGUUGGUUCUCAUUGCGGUGUGAGCAUUGGUGAGGAUGGUCCCAGUCAAAUGGGUCUUGAAGACAUCGCCAUGUUCCGUUCCAUCCCCGGAAGCACAAUUUUCUACCCAGCUGACGCUGUUUCCUGCGAACGUGCCAUCGAACUUGCUGCUAACACCAAGGGUAUUACAUUCACACGUGUGAACCGCCCGAAUACCAAUGUCAUCUAUGCCAACGAUCAUGUCUUCCAUAUUGGUAAGGCUAACAUCGUCCGCAAGACCGCCACUGAUAAGGUCCUCCUCAUCGGUGCUGGAAUAACCCUCCAGGAAGCCAUCACUGCCUCCACGGAGCUGGCAAAGGCCGGAAUCAACGUGCGUGUUUUGGAUCUGUUCACGAUCAAACCCAUCGACAAGGACGCAAUAAUCAAGAACGCGCGCGAAUGUGGUGGACGUAUUGUCGUCGUGGAAGACCACUACCCCGAGGGUGGUAUUGGUGAAGCUGUACUCAGUGCAGUCGCAUGCGAGCGUGACAUUAUUGUCAAAAUGCUUGCCGUGCGUGAACUUCCACGCUCCGGACCGCCAUUGGUCUUGCUCGAUGCCUUCGGCAUUUCCGCUAAGCACAUUUGCGCGGCUGUGCAGGAAGCCUGCAAGAUGUAGGUGCCAGUAAUCUACCAACUACUACAUGCAAACAAACACACACAAACCGUAUACAUAGACACAACACAAUGGGUUUUGGAUAGUCUGGACAGACGUAACCCAAUGCAAUCGCGAUUAUACUUGGAUAAUAAAACUGAAAGGUAGCAUACAUGUUGUAUGCGAGUAGUUACUUGUUCGCUGAUAAAAAGAAUUACGAAUUUGAUAUGAAAUAUUAAACUGUUAUUGCAUUUAUACAGGGAGUGCAUUUUUUUGUAAAUGAUAUUUUCAAUAAAGAAAGAAGUUUUUUCUUCUAUAAAAAUAAUAA